CCGUGUUUGGUUUCCGUCGUGAUCUCUGUGCAGAAAUCACCACUUUUCUCCCAGUUCGCCGGUCCGCACUGAGCAGCAGGAAUAUGCUCAUGAAGGAGUACCGGAUCUGUAUGCCUCUGACAGUUGAAGAGAAUUGGACAGCUGUACAUGAUCAGCAAGCACAGCCAUGAGCAGAGUGACCGAGGGGAGGGUGUGGAAGUGGUGCAGAAUGAACCCUAUGAAGAUCCCAACCAUGGCAAUGGUCAGCUAACAGAAAAACGAGUCUAUCUCAACAGCAAGCUGCCUAGCUGGGCUAGAGCAGUUGUUCCCAAAAUAUUUUACGUCACAGAGAAGGCCUGGAAUUAUUAUCCUUACACAAUCACAGAAUACACAUGUUCGUUUUUGCCUAAAUUCUCCAUUCAUAUAGAGACAAAAUAUGAGGACAACAAAGGAAGCAAUGACAGUAUUUUUGACAAAGAAGCUAAAGAUCUGGAGCGAGAGGUCUGCUUUAUUGACAUUGCCAGCGAUGAGAUUCCCGAGCGCUAUUACAAGGAGUCAGAGGAUCCCAAAUACUUCAAGUCACAGAAAACUGGGAGAGGCCAAUUGAAAGAAGGCUGGAGAGAGACCCAUCAGCCAAUUAUGUGUUCCUACAAACUUGUGACUGUGAAAUUUGAAGUCUGGGGACUUCAAACCAGAGUAGAGCAAUUUGUACACAAGGUGGUCAGAGACAUCCUCCUGAUCGGUCACCGGCAGGCGUUUGCCUGGGUGGAUGAGUGGUAUGACAUGACAAUGGAUGAAGUCCGAGAGUUUGAACGAGCCACUCAGGAAGCUACCAACAAGAAGAUUGGGAUUUUCCCACCGGCAAUAUCUAUCUCUAGCAUUUCCAUGCCUUCCUCAACCCGCAGUGCUCCAUCUAGUGCUCCAUCAACCCCUCUCUCCACAGAUGCUCCUGAUUUCCUAACAGUUCCCAAAGAUCGGCCUCGGAAAAAGUCUGCUCCAGAAACUCUCACUCUUCCAGAUCCAUCGAAAAAAACCUUCUAAAUUAACCCUGCAUGUUUCCUCCUGAUAAGCCAUGUCUGCCACAGCAAGAUUGACAUAACUCAAUUGCUACAAAGGUCGUGGUGGUUUGUUGGUUGUUUUUUUUGUUUCAGAUAAUAUUUCCGGUGUGGAAAGAUGACUCCUUUCCUCAGACUUGAUCCUUAAAACCUUCUGAAAAGUGCAUGCAAGAGAAAGUAGUUUAUAUAUUCCUAAAGUAGUGUUUCAAGCCAUAUGGUGCAUCUUACUGACACCAAUGGAACAGUCUGAGGGGAUGCUAUAAACGAAAACCAAUCUUUCUGUAGCAGUACUCUGCCUGCAAACCCUCAUCUAGGUCACAGCAUUUAUAAUUAGGAGUAGGUAUUAAGUAAAUCUGCCAAGGACUUCUGAGGCAAAUUAGUGCCAACUAGAAUGCAGGGUUAACAGAAAAAACCCCUCCCAUUUUCUUCUUUUAUAACCAAUUUUAAAAUCUUUCCCACUCUCAGGCUUUUCCUGUGUGUUCAUAAACCUUUGACCUGUAACUCA